UCCAUCCGUUGAAAAAAUUCUUUCAUCCCAACAUUUUCAUAGUCUGAAAUGAGAAUCAGGCCAUGCAAAAACCUCAACAAAAAAAAAACGCUUAAUAUAAAAGAUUUGAUUUUUAUUUUUUCGAUCUCAACACUAACAUCCCUUUCCUUUAGCUAAAUUUCAUUGUUUCAGCAGAAGCAGUAGCAGUAGCAGUCCUUCUUCAAAGUCUUUACCUUAUCUCUUCCAAUAGCUAUCCAAAAUGGCAGCAACAUCUGCUGCUACCUUUUCAAUUGGAUCAACUAUCUCCCUUGGCACCAAAGGGAGCCAACUCCCGCAAUCGAAGCCCUUGUCUGUGAGAUUUAACUCCCAGAACACUCUUGCGACCUUCAGUGGACUCAAGGCAGCAACCUUUGUUAAGUGUGAGUCGGAGUCAUCUUUCUUAGGCAAGGAAAGCAGUGCAGCGCUUCGAGGCGCUGCUGCACCAAAAGCUCAAAAAUCAAGCCAAAGGUCACAGUAUAACCUAAACCCACAGGCAUCUUACAAGGUGGCAAUUCUUGGAGCUGCUGGAGGGAUAGGUCAGCCUUUAGCACUUCUAGUUAAGAUGUCCCCAUUGAUUUCAGCCCUGCACAUCUAUGAUAUAGCAAAUGUCAAGGGAGUUGCAGCUGAUCUCAGUCACUGUAACACCCCCUCACAAGUCUUGGGUUUCACAGGAACUUCUGAAUUACCCAAUUCUUUGAAGGGUGUAGAUGUUGUUGUCAUACCAGCUGGGGUUCCAAGAAAGCCUGGUAUGACCCGCGAUGACCUCUUCAGCAUCAACGCCAACAUAGUAAAGACGUUGGUUGAGGCUGUUGCCGAUAACUGCCCUGAUGCUUUCAUACACAUUAUCAGCAAUCCAGUCAACUCUACAUUGCCAAUUGCGGCGGAAGUUUUGAAGCAGAAAGGUGUGUAUGAUCCAAAGAAGCUCUUUGGUGUUACGACACUUGAUGUUGUUAGGGCAAACACGUUUGUUGCUCAGAAGAAGAAUCUCAAGCUUAUCGAUGUGGAUGUACCAGUAGUAGGGGGGCACGCUGGGAUAACCAUUCUUCCCCUCCUAUCAAAGACGAGACCCCCAGUUAGUUUCAAUGAUGAGGAAGUGCAAGAGCUUACUUUAAGGAUCCAGAAUGCUGGGACAGAAGUUGUGGAGGCAAAGGAAGGGGCAGGGUCCGCUACCCUGUCAAUGGCAUAUGCUGCAGCCAGAUUUGUCGAAUCUUCUCUUCGCGCGUUGGAUGGUGAUGCUGAUGUCUAUGAGUGCUCGUUUGUGCAAUCAGAUCUUACUGAGCUUCCAUUCUUCGCAUCAAGGGUAAAACUUGGAAGGAAGGGGGUUGAAGCUAUCAUUUCAUCUGACCUCCAAGGGCUGACUGAGUAUGAACAGAAGGCACUGGAAGCUCUCAAGCCUGAACUGAAGGCCAGCAUUGAGAAAGGCAUUGCAUUUGCUCUGAAGCAACCAGUGACUACAUAGAUUGAGUUAAUUUCUGGAAGUCAUAACCAGACAGAAAUGUGGGUCUUAUCUACGUUGGUCAUUUUUUCCCCAGAUCAAUGCAUCGGCAAUUUCAGUUUUGCAGAAUUUUCACCUAUCUUAUGUCUUGAGAAACUUCUUUUGAGGAUAUAUUUUCUUUAGUGUUGUACCUUCACAAAUUGCAAUUGCUACCAUCAAGAAGAGCAUGUAUUUUUUUCCCCUCGGAGAUAAAAUGGGGGAUGUAUCCCAAUUUUCGAUUUCUUAAGAGUAAUUUUUUGCAA